GUCAAAUCAAUUUUUGCAGAUUGCUUUAGCAAUCCUGUAGGUAUUGCUGCUCCCAAUAUCAUCUUUGAUCGUCAGAUGACAGCAUCAUCCAUAUACAAUCCGUCCACCAAGGCGGCUUAUGGUCGCCUCAACGAUGAGAGAGGCGACGGUUGGUGUUCACUUGACGCUAAAAGUAACGCUGAAUGGCUUCAAGUUGACAUCGGAAAAACAAUUCAGGCAUGUGGUCUCGCCACUCAGGGAGGCGUACCAAGCGAGAGACGGGAAUGGGUAAAAAAUUUCAAGCUGGAUUACUCUUUUGAUGGAGAAAAUUGGAAGAAUUAUCGGGAUGAAAAUGGAGAAGAAAUGGUAAGAUUUAUACUGUAAAGACACCGUGAGCAGUAGCCGCAUCAGUAAACUAUUUGAUACACGAACUGUUUUAUCUAAUAGAACAACUGAACCAACAGUUUUUCCUUGUUUUGUUGAACGUACAGGCGAUUUCUUCGGUUGUAUGUAUUCUCUGAUAUCAAAACUUUUCGAGGUUCCGUUUGCUUUUCGAAGGAGGUCUUUUUUCAGAAUAAUUCUCUUCCUUAAAGUAAUGCAAAGUUCUUUCUUUACGUAUUUGUCUCAAAGGUAUUUCGAAGGAUGGUUAACAGUUCCAAAACCAGCCAACACAAGUUGCCAUUGCCAGUAUAUGCAAGGUACUUCCGAUUUCGUCCUACACAGCGUCACAAAAGGAACUGCCUCAGAGUUGAGAUUUACGAAUUUAAAAGUGAGUAUAUGAUAAAAAUGUGCUUGGACUAG